AGACCUCGGCUGCAGGGUAUGGGAGAGUAGGGAAACUUAAGCUCUGAGAAACCUGCCAGCUCACCCUGAUGACAUUACAAACUGAGGUGGGUGACCUUGACACUGAAUCACUAGGAAUAGGACUGGUAAGAUCAGAGUUUAGGUUGAGUCAGACAUUGAGCCAUGUGAGUGGUUUUGUAGGGCCUGAGGAUUGUGGGAAGAGAAGAGUUGAAGGUUGAGUCAAAGGCUCUAGGCUGGGUCAGACAGAGAGGAUGGAAAAAGGGUUAAACCAGAGGAAUGGGGAGGCAGUGUUGGCAAUCAAAGGGACUCCUGGAUUAAAUUGGCCCUGGGGGAGAAUCUAGUUGUAAUCAGAGAGGAAAUUUGCCCUGGGAACCUCGACUGUUUCCUGCCAUCUGUCUUCAUUUUACUUGAAAUAUGUUCUUUGUAACGCUACCUCUUCAUUUAAUCAGUAAAUAUCAUUCGAUACCAAUUUCCUAAAUACUUCUAUUCCUGAAAUGUGGGGCUUUCAUCUGAAGGAAGGUUACAGAACACUCAGGUGAGGGAGCUUUAGUCAUAUAUGAGGGGCUGUGAAGAGUUAAACUAUCUGAAAAUGGAGUUAAGGGCUUGUCCCAAAAGACUGAUGUCAGAAAGCUCAGGGAUGACAGCUUGACACCACAAAGUAUGGUUCUAUUGGCCUAGCCAGUGCCAAGCCAGAGCCACCUUACUAAUCCACACAUUCUGAUCUGAGAAAAAUGCAUCUACCAAAUUUCCAGCCAUGAUAUAGCCCUACUAGGGGUAGAGGAAUACAAGAUGAAUACAGGGUCCUUGCCCUGGAGUUUAUACACUAAUGGAAUAUAGAUAAGCGGAAAUGUGGUUUGAAAGUUCAUAGCUGAAGUUUAGUUGUGAUCCUUCAGAAUCCCUGAGCAGGAAGAAGAGAUUAGGGAAGGCUUCCUAGAAGUAGGAGUUUGAGGGGCAGGCAGAAGAGUAUAUGCAAAGGCAUCAAACUAUAAAAUGCCCUGACCUGUUUUGGCAGUGUCUUUGGGGCCUGAAAUAAGACAGUGGGAUUGGGAGUGAGAAGUAGGAGACCCAUGAAUGAGUAGCCUGAUGGUGAAGGGCAGGGGGCAAGGGGUUGAAAUGGAGGCAGAUUUCAAGGAGGGUGUGUGAUCAGGCUUUUGAUGGGUACCCUCAUUCUCUCCCACUUGUUUGUCACCCACAGAUCUGGCAUUUCCUUGUGCUCAUAAUGAGAAUAGUUCUCCAGUUAGCUAAGAUGAACCUCAUGGACAUCACCAAGAUCUUCUCCCUCCUGCAGCCCGACAAGGAGGAGGAGGACACCGACACGGAGGAGAAGCAGGCUCUCAAUCAAGCAGUGUAUGACAACGACUCCUAUACCUUGGAUCAGCUUUUGCGCCAGGAACGUUACAAACGUUUCAUCAACAGCAGGAGUGGCUGGGGCGUUCCUGGGACACCCUUGCGCUUGGCUGCUUCUUAUGGCCACUUGAGCUGUUUGCAGGUCCUCUUAGCACAUGGCGCUGAUGUUGACAGCUUGGAUGUCAAGGCGCAGACGCCACUUUUCACUGCUGUCAGUCAUGGCCAUCUGGACUGUGUACGUGUGCUUUUGGAAGCUGGUGCCUGCCCUGGUGGUAGCAUCUACAACAACUGUUCUCCCGUGCUCACAGCUGCCCGUGAUGGUGCUGUUGCUAUCCUGCAGGAGCUCCUAGGCCAUGGUGCAGAGGCCAACGUCAAAGCUAAACUACCAGUCUGGGCAUCAAACAUAGCUUCAUGUUCUGGCCCCCUCUAUUUGGCCGCAGUCUACGGGCACCUUGACUGUUUCCGCCUGCUUUUGCUCCACGGAGCAGACCCUGACUACAACUGCACUGACCAGGGCCUAUUGGCUCGUGUCCCACGACCCCGCACCCUCCUUGAAAUCUGCCUACACCAUAAUUGUGAGCCAGAGUACAUCCAGCUGUUAAUAGAUUUUGGUGCUAAUAUCUACCUUCCAUCUCUCUCCUUUGACCUGACCUCACAAGAUGAUAAAGGCAUUGCAUUGCUGCUACAGGCCCGAGCCACUCCACGGUCACUUCUAUCACAGGCCCGUUUAGUCAUCCGCAGAGCCCUGUGCCAGGCUGGCCAGCCACAAGCCAUCAACCAGCUGGAUAUUCCUCCCAUGUUGAUUAGCUAUCUAAAACACCAACUGUAAUCUUGCAGUCUCCCCAGGAACUUAUGAUGCCUCCAAAAACCACCUGGGGACUCAGGUAGCUGGAGGGCAUUACAGCCUCAUCCACUUACCUGGAGUUGCUCUCCUGUAUUAUCCUCCACAAUAAAAUUAUCCAGAAAAUAAGU